AGGAGCUUCUUCUGUUAGUUCUUUCCUGUUUUGCCACUUCCUGGCAACCAUGAAGGGCGUGUGGGUAUUCUUCCUUCUGCUGACACUGCGCCUCUCGUCUGUGCUGCUCGUGAAGACUUCCUACGUGCCGGAUGAGUACUGGCAGAGCCUGGAAGUUGCGCACAGGCUGGUUUAUGGUUACGGAUACUUGACGUGGGAGUGGACGCAGGGCAUCCGGAGCUACAUGCAGCCCCUACUGAUUGCGGUAUUAUACAAAGUACUGGAUCUCUUCCAUGUGGAGUGCGUCUUCGCCCUGACGCUCCUGCCGCGAGUGCUACAAGCCCUCCUGAGCGCUUACGCAGAUUGGCGGUUCUACAAUUGGUGUCAGGGAUCUAAAUGGUCUCUGUUUGUCAUCACCACAUCCUGGUUCUGGUUCUACACUGGCUCCCGAACGAUCAUCAACACUGUCGAGGCGUCGCUGACCACAAUUGCGCUCAGCUUCUUUCCCUGGCGCGGCGAAAGCGCUCUAUAUCUGUGGCUCGUCGGUCUGCUCGCCUUCAUCAGACCCACAUCGGCUGUGCCUUGGAUUCCUCUGUGUCUGCACCAUCUGCGACACUCCCGAAUCCCCGUGAUGCGUCUCUUGGUGACGCAAUAUCUUCCCGUGGGACUGAUUAUGGGUGCUCUGACCACGGCAGUUGACUCUGUGUGCCACGGAUCGCUUGUCUUCACGCCGCUGCGCUUCUUCAAGCUCAACGUGUGGCAGAACAUUGGCAGUUUCUACGGAAGCCAGCCCUGGCAUUGGUAUUUAUCUACGGGAUUGCCUGCCGUGCUGGGCAUUGCAACAAUUCCAUUCAUCCUGGCCAUUGUGGACAGUCUGAAGAAAGUCUCAAUCGGCGAUUCCAGGCGCCUGAUCCUAGUCAUCUCCAUUGGCACAACGCUGGUGGUCUUCAGUGCGCUGCCGCACAAGGAAUUCCGCUUCAUCCUGCCUAUUCUGCCCAUGUGCCUCUAUUUAAGCGCUGAUCACUUGAGUCACUGGAGUCACAAGGCCAGCAAUCGCACUCUCUGGGCCGCAGCACUGACUCUACUCGUGGGCAGCGCUCUUCCGGCUGCGUAUUUGGGACAGUAUCAUCAGCGAGGCACCGUUGAAGUGAUGCCGGUGCUGGCGAAGAUCGCAAGAGAGCAUAAAACAGCCAACUUCCUUUUCUUGAUGCCUUGCCACUCGACGCCUCUGUACAGUCACAUCCACGCCAAUGUGACGCUGCGUUUCCUCACCUGCGAACCCAAUCUCACCGAUGAUCCUGGCUAUGAGGAGGAAGCCGAGGCUUUUUAUCGCAAUCCCAGCGCCUGGCUGGACGCCAAUGUUCCCGCGUAUCCGCCCAGCGAAACGCCUUCUCACGUUGUUCUCUUCGACUCGCUAAAGCCCAAGAUUCUGGAAUUCUUGGGCAAGUAUCGCGAGACGCACUCAUUCUUCCAUGCACAUGUGCUCCUCUCUGAUCGAGUGGGCAAGUAUGUUCUUGUUUAUGAGAGAAGGGAUCAGAAGACUGAAAAACCUCACAAAGAAACACACAAGAAGGCCAAGAAAGAGCUUCCUGUUGAGGAUUUGGAAGCGCGGAAUAGUGAAUUAUAAUAAUAGUACAAGAAAAGAAUUAAAAGCACAAUUUUUAG